AUGGCCGGAAAGAAUGCCACUAUAAGCUCUCCAAACAUCGUAGUGAUCCCCGGUGGACCUGGUAACUCGGGCGUCGAUCUACUCCUCGGAUUCCCAAGUCUCCUGGGCGAAAUGUUUGGAGAGCAGUACAACUUCGUCUCGUUCGAUCCCCGCGGGGUGAACAACAGCGGUCUAUAUUUAGACUGCUUUUCCGAGGAUACAAAUACAAGAUCGGCUUUCAAUCGACUGCACAGAACAGGUCAAACCAAUAUCUCAUCAACAUCAUUUGAGGAACAAUAUUAUUCGAGCUCUAUCUAUGGCGAAUGGUGCAACGAUGCAGUUGAGAAGAAUUAUUCUCAUUCUUACUAUGUCACUACGCCCGCAGUGGCUCGUGACUUGCUUACAUUCACUGAGGCCGAGGCUAGGCUGACAGGACAGUCCCCAUCACACGCCAAAUUGUGGGCAUAUGGUGUGAGCUACGGCACUGUCAUAGGUAGCACUUUCGCUUCUAUGUUUCCUGAUCGUGUUGGGAGGAUGGUACUGGAUGGUGUCCUCAAUGCAGAGCAGUAUUACGAAAACUAUUGGACAGACAAUGUCGAUCAAAUGGACGAGGCUAUGGAGACAUUCUCAAAUUUCUGUCAUUCUGCCGGGGUUGAGAGAUGUUCGUUUUGGGGACCAACGCCUGCUAAUAUCACGGCGAGAAUCGAUGCCAUCAUCAGUCAGCUUUUAACCAGUCCAAUCCCAUUAAGUGGAGUUGAAGAUUCUAGCCUGCCGACGAUGGUUACAUAUUCAGAUUUGAAGACUCUGUUUCUUAACACAAUCUACCAGCCGAUAGCACUGUUUCCCACCAUGGCCGACAUUUUACAGGAUGUGGAGCGUGGAAAUCCGUCUGCUCUUGCAGGCUUGUAUGAGGAAUCAGCACCAGUGACCGAUGCUCGUCUUGCCAUUACAUGCAUGGAUUCGUUUGCGAGAAACAAUCUUACAACCAUUGAUGAGUUCAGGGCGUGGUCCGAGUACACAAACUCUAAGAGCAAGUACAUCGGUGAUGUGUACCCCACUUUCUUAGAGGGCGAGGUAAGUGCGCGUCAUCCGCCUACCUCUUUCCCAAUUCUCUUCGCAAGUAAUACCAUCGACCCUAUCACACCAUUGGAAUCGGCUCGGAAGAUGUCUUCCCGUUUUGCUGGAUCAGUAAUCCUAAAGCAAGAGGCUGUCGGGCAUACGGUCAUCUACCAGGGAGGCUCGGACUGUUACUUUGAGCACGUCCAGGCAUAUCUGCAAGGGACAAUUCCAUCCCCUAACACUACAUGCCCACUACAGUACACUCCUUUCAUAGAUUCCUCUCUCCUUUAA